GAUGUUUACACUUGAAGUUCGCCGAGCUGUAACCUGUCCGUUACAUGCUGUGUUGUAAAACGAUAAUGCAGUUUGCGAAUACACCGAUGUGUAUUGUGUUGAAUGUGUCGACAAUUUAUAUCUGCACGUGUUAAGUAGACAGCAGAAACAGUUAAAAAGGAGAAUUCAGUGAAUAUUUCCGGCAUAACUCUUAUCGGGAAACUAUUCAUUCUCUUGUGUUCGAGCGUCGAUGUCCAAUUAAUAAAGACGCUUAGCUCACACCGACAUGUCACAGAAACUCAGCAUACCGGAAGUGAACGCUCUUGGCUACGAGGAGUUCAUUGAUCGGUUCGGGGGUGCAGUAGAGCAUGGUCGCCUCGUUGCUGCUGCCGCGUGGAGCGCCCGUCCAUUCCUGUCGGCGUCUGACCUGCACUUCCGUUUCUGCGAGUUCUUGGACCAGCUUUCACAAGCGGGUAAAGAAGCGGUGCUCCGAAUGUAUCCGGACCUGGCCGGAAAAUUGGCUAACUCUGGUGGACUUACGGAAGAAUCCGUCCGUGAGCAUAAAGCAGCCGGACUCGAUUCGUUGUCUGCCGAUGAGCACCGUACGUUAUCAGAACUUAACGAAGCGUACAAAACAAAGUUCGGAUUUCCGUUUGUGAUCUGCGCGCGAGAGAAUAAAAAAGACGCCAUUAUUCAAGGUUUGAAACGUAGGAUGGAAAACGACGUGAGGACAGAAGCUGUGACGGGUGUGAAUGAAGUCAAGAAAAUAUGUCACUUAAGACUGCAAGAUUUGGCGGAGGAUUCCACGUCCAAAAUGUAAAAACCAUAAUCACAUCGAAAUGUGUAUACAUUUAUUGAUACGCGUCUUAAAUUUGAUUCUAUAUGAUAUUUUGAUCGAGCAUUAAAUGCCCAUAUUAAAGAAAAUUCCGUGCUUUUCAUUUUGUUCUUAGUAAUUAAAUUGGUUUUAUAUAAUUUAUACAUAAACGAAUUUUUAAAUUGAUAUAUUUAUUCCAACACGCAAAUAAAUAACGUUAAUUAUUGAAGUCGUAAAUGACGACUGAAAGUGUGUACCUAAAAUGUGUUUUAUGUGCUAUUAUCGCGCUGUUUGUUCUGGAGAGUACUUAGAAGCACAGGUACAUGUUUAAUACAGGUUAACAUCAUUUUGAAAACAAAAUUUAAUUACUAAUCGAACAAAUGUCUUUUUCUCGUGCGAUUUCAAUAACUUAGAGUAUAUACAUUCACUUCAUUGAAACUUGUCGUCUUUUCAUUUGCAUACGACUACAACACCAAAUACAACAACACCAUGUUUCAGCUAUUAAGUAAAAUACAAUCCGUUGUGCCACAAGAUAUAUUUACGCAUCACUAAAAUAUACAUAUCUUAGUAGUAUUAGAAGUUACCAUAGCAUUAAAAAGUUCAAUAUAUAUUUAACUCGAAUAUGUUAGUGAUUAUCUAUCAUGUCAUGUGGUUCACCGGCGUUGUAAAUAUAUUUUACUACGGAUUUUUGUUUGAAGUUUGCAUGCAUAAGUUUGCAUUUAUAACCUAAUACGCUUAUGUAAUGUUGGUACAUUUUUCUUCUUAAGUACAAUCGCCUAAUCCUCUAUACAAAGGGCCUUAAAGUAAAAAUGGUGUUCGGUUUUUUUUAAAUGGAGAUUUCAGGAGGAAUGUUGUUUAAGCGUCCUCUUUCUGUUUCUUAUUUAUGUGAUGAAAACUUGUGAGAUAAAUUAUACAGGUUAGUAUACUGUAUGUGUUGUUUUUAUAAUCAGCGGAAAAUAAGAACUAGUCAUUGUAUAAAUGUAUUCCAGAUAAUAAACAAUAAACAUGG